UACAAGUUAGCUUUAAAUAUAAACUUAUCGCUAAUUUACUGAUUGCUAAGAUGGCUGUGAACGUUAAGAAGAGACGAAAGGUUGCCUGGAGCGACGACCUCAGUCAUGAUUCUGAGGAGGAAAGGGAAAAAGAGCGUCUGGCGGAGCUGGAGCGUCUGGCGGCGGAGACCCCGCUGAAGCCGACCUACAGCGAGCAGCAGCUGGCCGCCCUGGUGACCUACGUGAUGAAGAUGACCACCCUGUACGACCUCCGAGAUCAGGACUGGAACCCUGACGUCACAGAGGUCAUCGAAAACUGGCUCAUGGACCCCAAGAAACUCAUUUUGACCGUCUGCUUCAAAGCCGAUAAAUUAUCCGCACAAUGCGACUUCCCUCUAAUCCCAGUUCAUGAUCUGACGUAUUUCUUAAGGCAACCGGAUUUUAUUUUUACGGUUGAGAAUUUCCAUGAGGAGGUCGUCUUCGGAACCUUCGUGGAUUCCGUCGAGAUGAACAUGAUCAGUAUGCUGGAGAUCGUGUAUGCGCCGUACUUCUUCGCUGUUACUUCUUGGCCGGACAGUGUGAAAAGCGAGUUCUGCUCUCAACUCCACACAUUUCUGGCUAAACUAGUGGACAUGUACUACAAGAUGUUGGGCCUCACGGUGCUCUACAUACCUCAGGAGGGCCAGAGCCUCUCCUUCGAGGAGGCCAGCGCCGACCGCGAGCUGGUGAAGAGGCUGGAGGGGGUCGUGGUCUACUGGACCCACCAGAUCAAGUCCUGCUUAGAAGACCACGCGUCCGUGGCAUCGCAGAAUGAACUUCUGUGCCCAAGCGAUGAAUACGACUUCUGGAUUUACAGACAUGAGAACUUAAGUGGAUUGGAAUAUCAAAUUAAGAACCCGGCAGUCGAUCACAUCACCAAGAUUCUCAUAACAACUCACUCCACCUUCAUCCAACAAUUCCAAUUCCUGUGCGUGGAAAUAUUGCAGAAAAUUCACGAAGCCAAGAGCAACAUUGAAUAUCUGCAAGUUAUAAAACAACCGUGCGCUGUCCUGGAGUGUGUGUUGGACCCAGAUGAGAUAUCGAGCCACGUACCUACCAUCAUUAAUCUAUUCCGGUUCAUCUGGCUGGAGUCCCCCUACUACAACUCGGAGACCAGAAUCACCAACCUCUUCAAAGCCCUCAGCAAUCAGAUCAUUAUCCUUUGCCGGAAUUACAUAAAGCUGGAAGACCUUUUCGACGGAAAAACUAAGAAGGCUCUAGGAGAGUUUGGGAAGUGUAUCGACUGUUGCAAACAGUACCGAGAGAUUUACGAGCUAAUGGCGGAGGCUCACAACGAGGCCAAGCCUGACAGCUGGAAUCUGGACACCGGAGCCAUCUUCAACUACAUCGACUCCUUUGUACAACGCUGUUUUGACAUGCUAGAUGUCUGCAACUGCAUGAUCAUAUUUGGGAGGAUUGACGAGAUGGAGGUAAUAAACAAGCCGAUAUUCGGCGGAGCCCGCGGCGCCAUGUUUGAGGACAAGUGCGAACAGAUCGAGCACAUGUUCCACGACGCUCUAAGCGCGGUCAAGCAAGUCUCCAGCAGUAUCCUCGACGUCCAGGCGCCGUCCUGGUACGAUGAUAUACUGCAGUUCCGCACCGUUAUCAAGGAUAUUGAAAUAAUAAUAGAAAACCUGAUGGAGUCAGUAUUCGAGGGAGUGAACCACGUGGAAGAGGCAGUCAUAGCGUUGUUCUCACUCAACAACUACUCGAAAAGGAAGAACUUGAAACGCAUAUUCAAGAAGAAGACCGCAGACGUGUGGUCAAUGUUCAGUGACGAAGUGCAAGAGGCUAAGAAGGAGAUGGUGGACUGCCGUAGCCAGGCCCCGGGCGACAUGCCGAGCUUCUCCGGCCGAGCCGCCGUGCUGCUGAUGAGGAAGAACAGGCUUGUUUAUCUCAAGAAGGUGAUGACGGACGCGGCAUGGAUGAUGCCUUGCAGCAGCUCAGACGACGUGAUGGCGCACGUGGGCCGGCUGGUCAGCGCCAUGGAUGUAGCCGUGCGCGAGCUGCAGAUCGCUUGGACGCACAAUUUUGACGAAAAGUGUGGCGCUGGAUUGAACAAAACCUUGAUGAGGAAGAGCGUUGACAACCCUGGGCUCAUGGAAUGCAAUAUCGAUGUCAACAUUUUAGAUUUGUGUAAAGAAGCUUUCCAUUUUGAAAACAUGGGACAGGACAUACCCACGCACGCGUAUGCGGUGUAUAUAAAAUGUAAAACUAUCUACUAUGUGUACGAGAGUGUGCUGGCAGUAGUGAAGGGAUAUAACAAGAUCCUCGACUCACUCUCCGAUGAAGAAAGACUACUCUUCAAGCCGCUUAUCAGUGCCUGCGAAAGAAAAGUACAACCUGGAAUAACAAAACUAACAUGGACAUCUACUCUAUCGGAUGCUUACAUAGCGGACUGUGUAACUCAAAUUGGCGAGCUGCAAGAUUUUUUGACAACCUAUAAAACUUGUAAUGUUAACUUGGCAAAAAUUAUGGAAAAGAUUUGCGAUACUCCAUUAAUAGAAUUUGACAUAUAUAAUGUUUUUGAUAUAAAAGAUCUUCGAGCUACCAUUCGAGAAAUGCAAUUGAGUGCUAUAGAAAAAAUUCUAGAAAUGUAUAAAGAAAUUAUAACCUAUAUAAUAAUUGUAUACGAAGGAUUUGAAACACAAAUAAACCAGAUGGCAGACUAUUGGAUAAAAUAUGUGAGGCGUUUUGAUAAACAACUUGAAGAUGCACUACGCCUGCUAGUGAAAGCAUCAAUGCAAAAUAUGUAUAGAUGCUUACAUGGAGAUGGAACAAUGGCUCCAUCACCAUUGAUAAAAAUGGAUCUGUUCUUGAUUGAUAACAAUAUUACGUACAUUCCAAGCCGUAUAGAAAUAUAUGACACAUUCACAACAAUACUGGAAGAAAUAAUUCAUAUAAUUAGCACUAUUCCACGUCUGUAUGAAAAAUUUGCAUUACCUUCUGGAGGCUUGAAACGAUUUUACGAAGUUAUCACAGAUGAUAAUGAUAUAAAUCAACUUCAAUCAUUAAUAGAUAUCGAAAUUGAACUGAACUUAGACCAAAUACAUGAACACAUAAGACUAUGGGAUCCUUUUUCACAUAUUUGGAAGGUCGACAAAGACGCAUUUUUAGAAAAUUACAAAGGAGAGAGACAUGCAGCAUUUGAUUUUGACCAACUGAUAACAAAUUAUAUUGAUUUGGCCAAUGGCGUGCAAAUUCAAGAAACUGUUAAUCAGAUUCAUUUCAUAACUCUUAACUCUAGUGAGCUAAAGAAAUCCAUAAUAAAACAUUGUCAUAAAUGGCAAACUAAACUUGGAGAGUUACUUAGACAAAUAACGGAAGAAGAUAUUGAUAAAGUUUAUGAUUACGUUGAACAGAGCAGCGAAGAAGUCAUGAGGAUGCCUCAAAAUUUGGGCGAACUGGCAUCAUCAAUAGCUACAUAUGAACGACUUAUGUCAGAAAUUAACAAAGUGCAACAAACUUUUCCACCCAUCACUGAAGAAAUUACUACUCUGGCUAAAUUUGAAGUAAACGUCGGCGCAGACAUUAUUUCACGACAUGAAAAUAUUCCCGUAAUAUGGGCAGAAUAUUUAGCAUUAUUAGAAGAAGCAAAAAAGCAACUGGAAGCUAAUAAGGAUCGUUUUAAAACACAACUUCUAGAGCAAGCUGAGCUUUUCAAAGAAGCUGCUAAAGAAUUUUGUGAAGAUUUUUACACGAAUGCCCCUACUACAUCAGAAUUGUCUGGAAAAGAAGCUCUAGCUCAGCUUCAGGCGUUUAGAGACCAUCUUAAUUUAUUGAGAGAACAAGAACAAGCAAUCAGAGAUGGUCUUGCCGUGUUCAACUUAACGACUCCAGUUAAUUUGGAUCUACAAAAAAUGGAAAAGGAACUAGAAAAAUUGGAGGAAGUAUGGGGGUUGGUCAACCAGUGGGAAGAAUCUUGGGAAAAAUAUAAAAAUCAAACAUUUUGGGAAAUGGAAACUGAUGAAAUGGAAGAUAAUGUUAUGUUUUUGUUCAGAAAUUUUAAUCGUCUAUCUCGUCAACUCAAAGAAAAAGGUUGGGAAAUCAUAGAUACAACUAGAAUUAAAGUUGAUGCGUUUAGACGAACAUUGCCUCUUAUCAAUGACCUAAAAAAUCCUUGUAUGAGAGAUCGUCAUUGGGAUAGGAUCAAAGCACUAAUGGGCGUUGAAUUUGAUCAAACUUCUGAAGAUUUCAAAUUAGACCUUAUAAUGCGCCUCAAUUUCCAAGCGUAUGCAGAUGAAAUUGCUGAAAUAUCUAAUGCGGCAACUAUGGAACUUAAUAUUGAAAAUGGCCUGAAAGCUAUUAAAGAAGUGUGGAAAACGACAACAUUUGAAAUGCAACAUCAUAAGGGUGAAAUUUACAGAAUCAAAAACGUCGAAGAAGUGACACAGUUUUUGGAAGACCAUCAAGUUCAAUUGUCGUCUUUUAAGUCAACUAAAUACGUUGAACCGUUUAUAAAAGAAGUUGAUUACUGGGAAAAGUCACUCGGUUAUGUUGCUGAGUGUAUAGAGAUUUCACUCCAAGUGCAACGGCGUUAUUUAUACCUUGAAAAUAUAUUCACUGGAGAAGAUAUUAGAAAACAACUACCAAAUGAAGUGAAAAUAUUCGAUGACCUCGCAACUGAUUGGGCCAAUGUCACUACUAAUAUGCACUCAGGAAAAAAUGCAUUAGAAGCAUGCCUUUAUGAGCCAGCACCAUAUCUGUUUAACAAAUUAAAUAAAAUGGUCGAUAACCUGGAAGGAAUCCUAAGACAGCUUGAAAAAUAUUUGGAGACUAAAAGACAAUUAUUUCCUCGAUUUUAUUUCAUUUCCAAUGAUGAUAUGUUGGAAAUUUUGGGAAAUUCUAAGAAGCCACAAUUAGUACAAGUUCACUUGAAAAAGUUGUUUGACAAUAUAAAUAAAAUAAAAAUCGACAAAAAUGCCGUAGGGUUGCCAGUGGCCAAGGCGAUGAUAUCUGAAGACGGGGAGUGUGUCGAGUGGAAGUACAAUGUGGUGCUGGAUGGCCCUGCGGAGGCCUGGCUGCUGGCGCUAGAGACCACUAUGAGAGUCGUGCUGAGAGAUCAAAUGAUAUUGACGCGCGCGGCGCUGCGCAAGUGUAAAUACGAGCGGGAGCAGUGGAUCAACGACUGGCCCGGACAGCUGGGGAUCACUUGCAGUAAGAUACAAUGGACGACAGAGUGCAUCCGAGCGCUCUGCCGUUGUGAAAUCAUGAAAUCGAAGAAACCCCUCAAGAAAUUAAGGAAAAAACAAAACGUAAUUCUGACCACCCUUCAGAAUAUGUCCCGAAAGGAGAUUCCCAAGAUAUUGAGGGCCAAAGUCAACGCGUUAUGCGUUAUAGAGAUACACUCUAGGGAUACUGUUGACAGGAUGUAUAAGUUGGGUAAGUGAGAAAUAGCUAGAUAUUUCACUAGGUAGGUACCUAUAGCGUCGAAUCUCGUGUGGAAACUACUAAGAGGCAAGAUUAGCGUGGGACGCCCACGUUGCUGGUAGUGGCUGUAUGAGGAAGCAGAAGGU